ACGCCGCAGAGUCAGACAAAGAUGGUGGCGGAAGCAGCAACGGUGGCAGCGGCAAGCGUCGUCGGACGCGGACCAACUUCAAUGGCUGGCAGCUAGAGGAGCUCGAGAAGGCGUUCGAAGCCAGUCACUAUCCGGACGUCUUCAUGAGGGAGGCUCUCGCAAUGCGGCUAGACCUCAUCGAGUCACGAGUACAGGUGUGGUUCCAGAAUCGUCGUGCCAAGUGGCGCAAGAAGGAGAACACCAAGAAGGGGCCCGGUCGGCCAGCUCACAAUGCGCACCCUCAGACCUGCUCGGGCGAACCCAUUCCUCCCGAAGAGAUCGAGCGACGAGAGAGGGACCGUCGGGAGAAGAAACUACGGAAGCAGCUCGAAAGGCAGGCCAAGAGGCUGCAACAGGCCCGCCUCAAGCCUGGCGUCAACCUUGCGAGUCUACGAGAAACCAUCCAGCAAUCACUAACCGAACUAUGGAACACCAAUCCGACCAAGGAACCACGUGCCCUGGUUGGCCCGGAAACGUUCCGCCUAUUGGAGACGCUCGGCUUCGACGUCAUCGAAGUCCUUUCGCGGGCUCGCUUUGAACCACCACGGCGACAAGAUGGGGCUCCGCCAUCCAGAUCUUCUGCGGAUGACAGCUCCUCCGACGUGCCAGCUCAUCGCUUCAUGACUCUACUAGCGACCGGCACUCCACCUGGAGGAGGCGUCGUCGUGAGUGGUGGCAAUGGCGGAGGCAAGUCGUCCGCCUUCAGCAUCGAAAGUCUCCUGGCGUCUCGAGGAGGCUCUCGGGAACAGGCGAAACACGUGACACCGCUGCGGUUACCAAUGGCGACAACGACGGCGAGCGGCUUUCCACUCGUAGUCCAGCAACCAAUGGGCUUUCUGGUACGUCCUGAGCUCCAGGAACGCGGCUGUGACUGAUGAAGGUGACAUCAGCAUUGAAGGAGUUCAACAGCAACGUCAGCAACAGCAGCAGCGGGACUGCUGCAGCUCAGCUGAGGACGACUUCAGUGAUCCUGACGUCACCGGUUGCGAGGACGAGGAUUCUAUCUCGCAAAUGGACAGCAAACGGACCUCCAGAAGAGAGCUAGCAGACGACGACGAUGACGUCAGUGUCGGUGGUGGGGACGUUCGCGUUGACGACGAUGGUGACGUGUCCUUGCGUGGGGACAGGAACAGGGACGUAGUGUCUGAGGACGAAUCGGCUUCCAUCCACGUAGCGGUCGAUGACGACGGUGUGGACGGGGAUGACGAAAGGGAUGCGUGGUAAGGAUGGUGACGGAACCACGAAGUGACACCCGGCACACGUCGACGAUGCACUGGUUGAUGAGCAGCGAAGACAUAUCGUAUGCUAUUGUGACAUGCAACGUCCUUUCGACAAUGAUUGAGACCAAUGCGGAUCUUUUUUUAUUAUUUUGGCCCUGAUUGCCUCGUGUGCUUAAGAUGCCAAAAAAGAUCCAAUAGCAAUCGAGGAAUCCAACUCAAGGUGGUUCCAGUCGCAAACAAAACAGUACAGUGGAACAGAAAUAUUAAAUUGGGAAACAGUCAGUGCAACACACGGCUUCAGUUGACCGUCGUAGAAAUAAUAUAUAGGUAGUGGGAAUUGUUCGUAAUCGUCACCAUGAUAAAUUACAAACACAAAGGCAUCUCUGGGCGGUACAUAUUGUGCGCAGUACGGCUUGUAUUCCAUCGUCGUGAGGGAAGCGUGGAAUCGUGAAAGCUGUGCCUAAUUUUCAAGCGAAAGAAUCUGCUAUACACUGGCGGAACUGCCUGAGGCACUCCUGUUCAUGUGACAUUCGCACAUAUUUGAAAUGAACAGUGUUGUGGUUGUGUCUGCUGCCCAACAGGCCUUUGCAAUCGUGCGGUGUGGAUUCUCUGGUCUCACAUUUUUCGAUGUGCGACAGUGACUUUGCCUAGAUUUUGCAAGGGACAUUGUGGUUCUUUCGUUCUCUAUUUAUUAUGUAUAUGUCUCCGUUACAACUUCUAUUCAAGUGCAAAUGUAGGUGCGGGUAUCUUUGGGGUUACGAAAGACGUCAGAACUUAGUAAAUUAGCUGUUGAAGACCAGAAAUGAUGCGUCAGUGUGUACUUGUUUGCAUGCUUGCAUGUGUGUGCUUGAACUUUAGAUGACGCAGGUAUGUUUUUUUCUUUUUUUUCUCUGACAAGGAAGGCCCACGUUGUGACUUAGUCAAGAAAGAAAGUCUCUGAAGAUGGUUGUGUGAUUUAAAGCGACAUUACGUCAUUUUCGUGAAUAGAUUGACCUGUUUUCAAUUCUUACCUGUGUUUUGUAUUCCACCGCAAUAUUGAAGAAAAAGAAAUUAAGGAUUUAA